CGAGAUUAUUUCCACGCACCAGCACAACAACCUUAUUAUAUUAACCUCUCCUCUCCUUCUUCUUCAGCGUACUUUCUUUCUCUCCAUUCUUCACUUUCCUUCAGAUUCCAUUCAACGAUCCACUCAAAAUGCUAGCGGUUUUCGACAAUUCUGUUGCGAAAAGCCCAGAGGGUCUUCAGAGUCCUGAGUCAAACUCUGUGUCAGCCUUGAAUGACGGAUUUCUGGCCCAACACUUCUCAUCUGUUCACCCUGGUUCCGUCACCGUUAACCUUGGCCCAUCGGGUAUCUUGGCCUAUUCUCUUCACCAACAGAACCCUCUUCUCCCAAGGCUGUUUGCGGUUGUGGAUGACAUAUUCUGCUUGUUUCAAGGCCACCUUGAUAAUGUUGCUAAUCUUAAGCAACAAUAUGGAUUGAACAAAACUGCAAAUGAAGUGAUCAUUGUCAUAGAGGCGUACAGAACUCUAAGAGAUCGUGGUCCCUAUCCUGCUGCUCAGGUCGUGAGAGAUUUCCAAGGAAAAUUUACAUUUAUUCUGUUCGACAGUGGCUCCAAAACCGCGUUUAUUUCUGCGGAUGCUGAUGGGAGUGUUCCCUUCUUCUGGGGAACUGAUGCUGAUGGAAAUCUCGUUCUUUCAGCUGAGACAGAGAUUGUAACCAAGAGCUGUGGGAAAUCUUCUGCACCAUUCCCAAAAGGAUGUUUCUUUACAACAUUAGGAGGUUUGAGCAGUUUUGAGCAUCCACUUAAUGAAUUGAAGCCUGUACCAAGGGUUGACAGUUCUGGACAUGUAUGUGGUGCAACUUUCAAGGUGGAUGCAGAUGCUAAGAAGGAAGUAAUUGGCAUGCCAAGGGUUGGGAGUGCUGCUAACUGGUCUAAUAACAUUUGAUUGCAACUCUAUUUGUUUGAACUAAGGCUUUAAUUAUAGCUGGAAUCAAUUGAAUUUUCUAGUUCUGGUAAUCUGUUCCCAUCAUAUGAUAUGAUAAUGAGACAUCUGUUACCAUCAUAUGAUCACUUCAGGCUUUAGCAAGACCUAUCAUAUUAGUUUGCUGUACCGGAGAUAUGAUUUGAUGAGUAUACAAGUUGCUUGCAAGCAAAUAUUGAGAUCAUACUCAAUUUGCACAUAUGUAAUAAUAUUAACUUGUGCGCUGAUUCAUCAUAAAGUGAAAAUCAUUUACUUUACUACC